UUGACCCUUCCCUACUUCUUAUCAUUCGUUCAUUCAGUAUUUGGCGCCUCUCUCUCUCUUCUCUCUCUCUCUAAAACAAGCGCUGAAGAAAAUUCAGUCAUGAAUCUCAGAGCGCCGUUUCACUACUCUUACCACCCUAAUUUCCGUACAACGAACACGAAAUUGAAUCGAAAUUCUGUUUUCCCUAAACCCGCGCUCCGAAUUUUUGAGCUAAAAAACAAUCCGAUUUACAUUUCCAAUUGCAUUUCUCCGAGCCACGAAGUUACUCGGAGCAUUGAUCAAAUUCCACCAAUUGAGGAAGAGAGGAAAGAAAAUGUUGCUGCAGUAGAGGAAUCGCACUUGCCCGAAGAGAUUGCUGAGAAUGACGGACAAGAAUUCUCGGAGAAUGAGAGCUUGUGGACUCAAAUGGUGGAAAUUGCUAAGUUUUCUGGGCCGGCGGUUGGGCUAUGGAUUUGUGGUCCACUAAUGAGUUUAAUUGAUACUGCUGUUAUUGGUCAAGGCAGCUCCGUUGAGCUUGCUGCUUUAGGGCCGGGGACGGUGUUUUGCGAUUAUACGAGCUACGUGUUUAUGUUUCUUUCGAUUGCUACUUCGAAUUUGGUUGCUACAUCUCUUGCCAGACAGGAUAAAAAUGAGGUGCAACAUCAGAUAUCUAUCCUGCUGUUUAUUGGAUUGGCUGGUGGUUUCCUGAUGCUUUUCUUUACAAGGUUGUAUGGUCCUUGGGCGUUAGCUGGUUUUAUGGGGGCAAAUCGUGCAGAUGUCACAACUGCAGCAAACACAUAUGUUCAGAUUCGAGGGUUAGCAUGGCCAGCAGUGCUCAUUGGAUGGGUUGCUCAAAGUGCAAGCUUAGGAAUGAAAGAUUCAUGGGGACCUUUAAAGGCUUUGGCAGUUGCAACUGCAAUUAACGGCAUCGGUGACAUAGUAUUAUGCAGAUUCUUAGGAUAUGGUAUUGCUGGCGCGGCAUGGGCCACAAUGGUUUCUCAGGUUGUUGCAGCUUACAUGAUGGUUAGAGCUCUGAGCAGUAAGGGAUAUAAUGGUUUUGCCAUCUCUAUUCCAUCACCUGAUGAACUCCUUGACAUAUUCAAGCUUGCAGCUCCAGUAUUUGUGACAAUGAUGUCAAAGGUGGCAUUUUAUUCUCUGCUAGUUUACUUUGCUACUUCAAUGGGUACAAAAACCGUUGCUGCUCACCAGGUUAUGAUACAAGUGUAUUGUAUGUGUUCUGUAUUCGGUGAGCCUCUUUCACAAACAGCCCAAUCAUUUAUGCCAGCGAUGAUAUACGGAGUAAAUCGAAAUCUAGCAAAGGCUCGAACACUACUGAAAUCACUGGUUAUCAUUGGCGCGCUAAGUGGGUUGAUAUUAGGAUCUAUUGGAACAUGUGUUCCUUGGCUAUUCCCUAAAAUCUUUUCCCCUGAUCCUGAGGUCAUACAGGAGAUGCACAAGGUAUUGAUACCAUACGCACUCGCACUAUGCAUCACACCAAGUACUCAUAGCCUCGAGGGUACUCUAUUGGCUGGACGAGACUUGAAGUUCAUUAGUAUGUCAAUGAGUGGGAUCUUUUGUGUGGGCACCCUUGUCCUGCUGCUGUUGAGCAAAGGUGGUUAUGGUUUAACUGGCUGUUGGUCCACUCUCGUUGCAUUCCAAUGGGCUCGGUUUUCUAUUGCUCUGUGGCGGCUCACCAAACGAAAUGGUAUACUUUAUUCUGAAGACUUGACCCGUUAUCAAGUUGGGAAGCUUAAAUCUAUAUAACAUUGUUCCUAAAUAGAAGUCGAUUUGUCAGUAUUUAUCGUAAAAAUACACAAGUUCUUGCUAUUAUUUGAAAAAAAAGCUCAAAGGCAAAGGUCGAGAAGAAUUCAAAGAGUUCUCAUUGGCCUGUAUUUAUUCUAUCGUUUCUCGAUUUUGUUCAUGAUCAGCUCUUGUAUUUAGAAGAAAAGUAUUAUACUCUUCACCUUAGAGGAUAGGAUUUUGAUUCUGAUCUAUUGUGAAAUUUCCAUGAUAUUAAUGUCAGAAAAUUUGUGC